UUAUUUAACACUAUUACAAUAUUUGUUUUUGAUUCAAGCUAACGUUAGAUGUAAAAUGAAAGUGUUUUCCAUGGUUUGGUUUAUUUUAUGGCACUUUAUCAUAAUAUUCAUAACCAGUGUAUUGAAAUCUUUACACUUUUAAAGUGAUUCUUGAAGCCAUUAUCUAAAAAAAUAUAUAUGAAAGAAGAUGAAUACUGGCUGUUGAUUUAAUGCAUAAUGCCACCUGCUGGAUAGUUUUUUUUAACAAGCUGUUCCUCCUAAUUUCAGACAUCAACUCAGAAUUUGACUUUUUACCACAGCGAUGCCACGUUUGAUGACUGCAGAUUUGAAGUUACAGUUUUAAAUGAUAAUUCCAUGAUGCAAAAAUGGGAAUUCUGCUUUAAAAACUUCAGUGAAGCCUGGAGAAAUGCAAAGCAACACAACAGAAAGCCUCAACACAAGCACCUGGAGAAAGAUCAUUCUGCUGCUUUAUACAUGUACACAAAAUCUAUAUUGCAACCUGUAAACCUCAACUUCAAGUCUGCAAAUAGAACUGGAAAACCAAAGGAAACAUCUGAGUCACGCUCACUUUAUUCCUUUCUAACUGAAGGCAUUCAGAUUUUAAAACACAGCCAGGUGACAUGUGUUCGUACACAUUUUCAAGCAGAGACGCUUUUACAUCUGAACAUCUCUAACAAACAGGUUCGGUUUAGCACCUUCAUGUUAGGCUCUGAUGAGUGGAACUUUGCGAGGAACAUUUCAUGUUUUGAGGUGCACACGUGCUUUGGCGCUGACAUAACAUAUUACUCUGCCCUGAAACAAAAUAAUCAGGUGCUAAUUCCCCCGUAUGAGAUUUUCAAAGUCACUGACAUUCAGACAGAAACAAAGGAAUGCAGAAUCAGCUAUAGACUCACGAGCAAUAUGAACUGUGUUUAUAGCAAAGAAAGCAAUAUGUUGCAUCCAAUAUCUACUUUGGCAGUAGAUGGAUUUUGGGUCAUUUUUACAAUUAUUUGUAUUGUUAUAAUUUGUCUUUUGUUGUCCUUUGCUUUGGUAAAAGUGUACCAUAAGACCAAUGCUGUUUACAGUUCUUCCUUUUCAUCUAAGUUACAGCAGCCACAUUGUGGAUUAUAUUAGGCUGAUCUUUGCAUUUUGUGUCUUAUUCUUCAUGCAUAUAUUCAUGCAUACAUUUUAUAUUCUGCACACUCUAUGUUUUGUUUUUCACGCAUUCAUGCAAACAUACAUAAAAAAUAAAAUAAUUUGUCACAAUCAUAUACAUUUUUCUUUUGCCUUUGUUUUUGUGGAGAAGCAGAAUGAAAACAGUUGUGUUCAGUCAUGCACACAUUGUUCUUUGAGUAACACUUACAGCUUUGUCCACAAUUUGUUGGCACUUUUUUGCAGUUUUUUGCCUCUUUACACCACCAAAAUGACUUCUAAUCCGACAGUCAACAGUCACAGAAAAAAAAAUUGCCUUAAUUAUUUAAGAAUUAUAACCAUUGUCUUGCACAGUUGACUGACAAAAAUUUAAUGACCCACUGAGGUUUGUUCUCUUGUUAUUUCAAAUAAAGCAUUUUUGUUUUGAUAAUAUUUUUUUUAGGAAACUACCAGAAGUAUGGAUUUCAGUUGUGCCUGUAAUUAUGCUAAUAUAUACGCUCUCUCCUUUUUUAAUGAACUUCAACUUUCAACUCUGUCAUGAACAAAUAUUCAUAACAAUUAGUAAAAUAAUAUAUAAACAUAGAUUACAUUUAUCUUGUCCAGUUCAAUUAUGACACACAAAAACACAUCCAAAAUCAAUGAACAAAGGUUUACCUAAAAAGCCUGUUCUAUUGAUUACGCUCUUUUUCUUCUCUGACUGCUCCCUUUAGGGGGCAGCACAGCACAGUGCAUCAUUUGCAACAUUGCCAUUUCAUCCCAUCUCUUGGAUCUUCUGUCACAACAGCCUUCUGCAUGUCCUCCUUCACUAAAUAUAUUGAUCCUCUCUGUGGUCUUCCUCUUUUCUUCCUCCUGGCAACUAAUGUUCAACACCCUUUUGUGUUGUCCUCCUAGUGCUUGUUAAAAAUAACACAGCAUGCACUUAUACCUUGUGAGCUACUGCUCCAAACAAUUUAUUAUACAACACCACAAAUCAAUCCUCUUUUAAGUGCUCCCCUGUUGCCAUCUGUGAGCUUUCUUAAAUACAGUGCCCCCUGCUGGUUAACCUUAUCAUUACAUCAACAUCGCACUGCAUAUCAACACACCUUUGUCCAAUAUAUUGUAUCCACUAUCCCUUCUCUGCACAUGUACAAACCAUCUCAGCCUUGCCUCUAACGUUUCCCCCAAAGUGCUCUACCUGAACUGUCCCUCUGAUACACGCAUUCUAAUUUUGUUCCUUAAUAUCUCUCUCAUUAAAAUCUUCUGGCCUCCUGUCUGUUUAUCACUACCAUUGUAAACCUUCCAUUUCACCCUUGAUGGUAGCCUUCUCCAUCUACUACACCUUGCAUGCACUCUCUUCUUUACCUCUCUUGUACACUGUAACUUUGGAUAUUUGACCCCAGGUAUUUAAAAUCAGCUACUUUAACUUUCCUACCUUUGACUUCUUGCAUUUUUAAGGUUGCACCUUUUUUUUCUUUUUUGUUUUCUUAAAUAAUGGCAAUUCAUGACCACUAUGCUGUAAGGUAAAGAAGUCUCAAAAAUUGCAUGAUUCCCCUAAGUGCAAGCAUUUGGCAGCAGUGGGAAGGAAAAACUCCUUUAAAACAUAACCUCUGACAGACCCGGGAUCCAUGAAAGGCAGCCAUCUGCCAGAACCAGCUGUGGGUGAGGGAAAAGAGAAGAGAGAUUGUAGGAGACAGUGCUAGAGU